AGCAACAAGCGGCAGCGGCGGCGGCGAGGCGCAGCGACGCGCUAAAGUUUAGAAACACGGAUCCUGGUCGCCGACAGACACGAGACCAGCGUUUGACGAAGCCCGACACGGCUCUAGUAAUAAUGGGACACAACUGGUUUUUGUAAGAGCUGGUUUUUCGGGCGUACUUUUAGAGCUUCAAAUGAGCGAGGAGUGUGCUGUGUGCGUGUGCUGGUCGUGGAACAAGAUGGCAGCGUCGGCGGCGGCGGCAGCGCCGCUGCAGCGGUCCGCGGCCCCCGUCCUCCCCGCUCUCCCCACGCUCCUGGCCCAACCGCUCUCUGACGCCCUGGGGGAGGCCACUCACUGCUCUUACUGAAGGUAUGGCCUCACAAGUCUUGGUCUACCCAACACACAUGCACUCAACUCAAACAAGUGCCUUAGGAACCAGCAGCAGUGGAACCAGCAGACACACAGGUGAAAUCCACCGCAGUAAUAACACCAGCAGAGCCUUUCAGCACCAACCUCCGCCCAAGACCUAUGUGAUUGGAGUCAACUACGGUAUUGCCUAUCCCAACAAUGUCGCCCCAUCCUCAACUGGUGCUGACUUAGGAAGGCUGCACGGGGGACUACAGCUUGGUGAAACUGAGCAGCCCACUGGAAUACAGAGGUUGGGCAGCUGGGAGAGCUUGGAAGAAGGUCCAGCUGGGAUUGGGGAUCAGCGGUCAAUUCAUCAGAACAGAGGCCCACAGGAAGUGAGUCUUGUGAGAGACAGUGUCAGAAUUCCAUCAGGAAGUGGUUUGGACUUCAGGCUAUUGAGUAAAGCCUGUGUAAGGACAGAGGAGGAAGAGCUCAGAAACGUAAAAAUACCAGCGGGAGGACGACACGUCAGCCUUCUUAAUACAGGUGCCACCCAGAGAUGUGAACAGAAAAAAGGUGACGGUGAGGAGCAACCGCAGGACAACACUUGUGUCAGAGCCAUGCAGAUAGUGGAGGACAUAUCUGCUUUGCCUUCACUUCCUCCCCCUGUGGCCAUGUUGCAGCCCAGCACUGGGAACACUGCGGACACCGUCAGAGUAGGAGGUGGAGGGACUCUUCCUGCUCAACAGAACAGGGUUGAGCCAGUGACUGGUAUUGGAGUUGACGGGACUGAAAUCAGGCCCAACGGCAGUACUGAGGUUGUGGCAGGAGCUACAGUGGCUAGAACCGGAUCCGGCGAUGGUGAUUAUCAGUUGGUUCAGCAUGAGGUUUUGUGCUCUCUGAAGAACAGCUAUGAGGUCUUGGAGUUUCUGGGUCGUGGUACCUUCGGCCAAGUGGUGAAGUGCUGGAAAAGAGGAACAAAUGAAGUGGUGGCUGUCAAAAUACUCAAGAACCACCCUUCCUAUGCACGUCAGGGACAAAUUGAGGUUGACAUCCUGGCCCGAUUGAGCAGCGAGAAUGCAGAGGAGCACAAUGUUGUGCGUGCUCUGGAGUGCUUUCAGCACCGCAGUCACACGUGCUUGGUGUUUGAGAUGCUUGAGCAAAACCUGUAUGACUUCCUUAAGCAAAACAAGUUCAGCCCCCUGCCACUCAAAAUCAUCAGGCCUAUUCUGCAGCAGGUGGCAACAGCUCUGAAGAAGCUGAAGUCUCUGGGUUUGAUCCAUGCUGACCUGAAGCCAGAGAACAUUAUGCUGGUGGAUCCCUCCAGGCAACCGUACCGAGUGAAAGUCAUUGACUUUGGCUCAGCCAGCCAUGUAUCCAAGGCUGUUUGCUCCACGUAUCUGCAGUCAAGAUACUACAGGGCUCCAGAGAUUAUUUUGGGCCUGCCAUUUUGUGAGGCCAUUGACAUGUGGUCGCUGGGCUGUGUGAUAGCUGAGCUCUUUUUGGGCUGGCCCCUCUACCCCGGAGCACUGGAAUAUGACCAGAUCCGCUACAUCUCUCAGACCCAGGGCCUGCCUGCAGAGCAGCUGCUCAACAAAGGGACCAAGACUAUGCGUUUCUUUACCAAAGAAUCAGACUCUCCUUACGCCUCCUGGAGAAUAAAGACGACGCAAGAACAUGAGAAAGAGACAGGACUAAAAUCCAAAGAGGCCAGAAAAUACAUCUUCAGCUGUCUGGAAGACAUAGCACAUGUGAACUUGGUGCUCAGUCCUGAUAACGGUGACAUGCAAGCAGACAAGGCAGACAGACGGGAGUUUGUGUCUCUUCUUAAGAGCAUGCUUAUGAUCGAUGCCGAGGACAGAACGAUCCCCUCUAGCGUUCUAAAUCACCCCUUCCUCACCAUGACUCACCUCCUGGACUACCCCCACAGUAACCAUGUGCAGUCAUCGUUCCGUAUCAUGGACAUGUGCCACAGUCGGCCCAGCAAUGCAGUUUUUGAUGCUCUUAACCAGAACACCAUUCAUUUCUCGAGACCCCCUCUGGCCCCCACGGCCUCCUCCGGCCUUCCUCUAGGUUACAGCAACAUGCCGGUCCACACGCAGUCUAUAACCCAGUCGGCGCCAUCAGUGUUGCAUCCUGGGAUAGCUUUAACGACAGGGAAUGGCCAAUUUGGAUGCAGUGAGUCGUUCCCACCGGCCCUUUAUCUUUGUCCUCCCACAAUGCAAGGUAACCUUAAUCAACCAGCAGCGUAUUCUGUCCCCAUGGUAACUCAGGCCCCUCCCAUACAAACCCUUCCCGUGAGGCCUGGCGUCAUAGCUCAGGCCUGGUCUAGCCGAGGCCAACAGCUUCUGGUCCCAGCAGCUUGGCAGCAGAUGACUUCUGUCGGUCCUCCGCCCUCUCACCCGCCUCCACCACCUCCUACCUCCCUCACCAACGACACCACAGCUGGCCCACAGAGGAUCAGUGACUGGGGGAAAGUGGCUCCACACAGCAGCCACUAUAAUGCAGUGAUGCAGCAACCUCUCCUGACUAAUCAGAUGCCAGCCCUCUCUGCCCAUCAGCCAAUCAAUAUCGGAAUAGCUCACGUUGUGUGGCCCCAGCCUGCCAAUAAAAGAAACCGACAUGGUCAUAACAGGAACCUGUCCCGCCCCAGCAACAUCCAUGUUUCGGCAUGUCGAUCUCCCAAAUUGGCUGCUGUUGUUGGACAGGCAGUGGCAGACAGAGCACGGCCUCAGGUGGAGGCGUCACUGGUGGAAUCUCUGCAGCCGGAAAUUCGAAACACAAAUGAGAAGGAAGAUGGCACCGAGGAGGAAGUGAGCUGCUUCAAAGAGGCUGUGCCUAGUGAUAACAGACACGUAGCUCUUACCAGACAAACGAAACGAGAUGUGGCUGUUCUCAUGGCUGAUACACCGAGUCCACCUCCCAGCGUGAUCAGCAUCCACAGUGAUCUGAGUGAUGCAGAGGACGAAGGGGAAAAUGAAGAUCACCAGAGGUGUCACCUGAAUAAGUGUAAAGAAGCAUGUGUGUGUGAGGCUUGCCAGAACACCAGUGUGUCUAUGGAGCGAGUGUGUUCCCUCAGCAGCCCCGACAGCAGCCUCAGCACCAGUUCAUUCGCCUCCAACUCUCUUCAGUCCAGCCCUUCUCUGUCACCAUGCAAGAGACCCAACAGCAUGUCUGAGGAUGAUGGUCACGAGAGUGGCUGUGACACAGUGGAGGGCUCCCCUGCAUCCGACACGUCGACUUCCCCAAGAGGCAUCAGCGCUUACCGUUACCUUAACAACAACAAGAACCGGCCAGCUUUGUCUGCUAUGGUAGCGCUGCCUUCACCCACCGAGCAGGGCAGGAGUCCUCGUGGCAUCAGGACCAUGAUAGUUCCACCACUGAGAGUCCAGAACUCAACCAUCACUCAGGGGACAGAAGAGCGUGUCCAGAGAAUGGUCUCAGAGUCCUGGUCCCAGUCCAAAGCGCGCUGCAGCGUUAUAGGACAGCAGAACGCUCCCUCCUCCGUCCCCCUCCUCCCAUCUGCAUCCCUCCUGUCCCGGCAGCAAAAGCUGACCGGGCAGCAGCACCCCCUGGGCUUUGGACAGGUGCAGCCGUACGGUUCCAACCUCAGCAACAAAGAGUGGAACGGCAACUACGCUCCUCUGCGGCCCCACGCCUACAUCCCCCCUACGGUCCACACACACACCUUCACACAUCUGCACCACAGCAGCCCCACACACACCUCGGCGGCCCCGCCCACACACACCCUGCUGUCCUACCCCUCCAACGGCCACCUCACCGCCACCCACCACCCCCACGCCAUCCUACCCUCCCGCCCCCCGCCUCCUCUCCUGCAGCACGGCUACGGCCUCUCCCACCCCCAGGGGGGCGCCCUGGUCCACCAGGUGACCCUGGGCAUCAGCGCCCACCCCCACCACCCGGGGCACCCCGCUCCUCACCCGCACCGGCUCCUCCCCUCCCCCACCAUCCACCACCAGCCCGGCUACGGCCACCACCCGCACCAGUUCAAGCCCCCCUUCCCCCCACCGCCCCCUCCACACCCUUACAUGGCCUCACCGGCGGCGUACUCGGGCUUCCCCCUGAGCCCCACCAAGCUCGGCCACCACCCCCAGUUCUCCUACAUCUGAGGAGCAGGGCGGGGCCGCAGCACUACCUCCUGAUCCGGAGGAGGAAGGGCAAGUGGACCGGAGCUGCCACCUGGGGGGGCAGACCCAGCAGCAGAGCACAAGAUGAACAUUUAUGUUGAAGAAGAAUGAAAAGAACACGAGAGGAAGAGGAGGGGCUUUUGAUCGUUAUGGACGAAUAAAGAAAAAAAACAAUUGUAACAACGCCGAAAAUGUUUUAUGCUGUUUUGAGGAUGCAAAAAGGUGUUGACAUCAUGACUCGUCAAUCAUAUUCGGUUGCCAGAAGGACUUGAGCUCUAAAAGACUUCCCAUGAAAUCAUGUCAGCCAGUGGAGGGAGCUGCAGAGCUUUGUAAGCGAGCAUUUACAAGAGUGAAUGAAUUCAUUUGACGAUAAGGAUUUAUUUUUUUUCCCAGAAUGUGUCCUUUGCACAUUACCUCCUGCUUCUGGUUAAGAAAAAAUGAGUUGAAAUUGGAGGCAGGAAAUGAAGUGGUGUGGAUGCCGUCAGGUUGUUGAGCCUCCUCCUUCCCUUUAUCUUUGUUGCCUUGUAGCACGUGUGAGCCGGUCGGAUCUGUUCGUUAAGCCAUCCCUGUUUACUUUCACCCAGAUCGAAUGCUCCUGUCUUUGUUCCAGGCAGACGUUUCUGCUGCCUCUUUGUAGUGCCUUAAAAACUAGAAAUACAUAACGUUACUUCAGGAGCAUAUAGAUUGUACAUUUAAAUGGCCUCUCGGCACUCGAGAGUCUGGAUGAGACGUGGUCGCCGUUGAAUAUGGGGACGCCGCGCAUGGGUAUGUUUUAUUAUUGACUAAUGUUGGACUUUACCUGGCUUUCUAACUCGGAGUAUGGGUUAUUUAGAGGCUGCACAUAUAGGGCUUGACUGAAUUAGCUUUUUAUGUACAUAAAGGGUGAUUGCAUAUUUUGAUAAUUGAUUUCUAUUCACUAUAGUACUUAAUUCAUAACAGUAUUGUCACUGUUUACUAUAACUGCAAUACAAUCUAGAUACUCUGGGUUGCUGUGUUUUUAUCGUUUGCAUUUAGACUAGACAUGAAUUAAUUAAUGCAUUUUAUGUUUUAGAUUUUGGGAGUGGCGUAAAGUUAUAUUAAAAAAAAAAAGAUAUGUUUUAUGUUUUUACUUUAUAAUGCUUCUCAGUGUUUGAGGUAACCUAUCAACUUUAAGUAUCAUUGCUGGGCUUUUGAGUAUUAGAGUUGUAUCAGUAAUCGUUGAAUCGUGGGUUGGAGACGAAGCUUUUGUCCUUGUAUUGAAUACUGUUGUCAGCUUUGAUACAUUCCUUCAGGGUGGAUGCAUAGCCGUGGUUUUUGUUUUGCGUUUUUGAUUCCCAGCGGGGCGUGGAGCUGUGUCUUCACCCGUCACGUCAGCUGGCGUUUUACUCCAAUCAGCACCAAAGACUGUUCGUUAAUCAUUUCUGAAGCAUGGUCUACAAUAUUUCUUCUUUAACCUCCAGCAUAUUGUUGCAGUUGUCAAUAUAGGAAUAUAUUAUGAGAUCUCUAUUUUGAAAAUUAGGUUGAGGUUUUAUUAUUUUUUAGCAAAGUUUGGCAAACUGUAUUUGGAAUGUAUAGAUUAUAAGCUGCUAUGUACUGAUUAUCUGCCACUUCGUAGCUGUGAAUUUAGAGGAUUAAUCUCUUUCUAGCCUGCAUUCUCUCCUUGUGUUGUAGUUUUGGCACCUAGAUGAAACGGAAGUGGAUUUUAUUUUGAUCAUGGAGUACUUUGAAUGCUUCUUCUGUAUGCUAGUGCCUCUGUAUAUUUGCUUUGUUGUUUUGAAGUGAUUGUAAACUGCUGUAAUGGAAGUUAUAAGUUUUCACUUUCUUCUUUUUUUUUUCCAAAUUCUGUUCCUUUUUGCUGUGUGUGUAUGUUUUUUGUGCGAGUGUGUAUAUUUAGCAUCAGUAUUUCAAAUGUAGGCUGGGUUCACUCUUUGAUUCUGUAACCAGCGUGUUGUUGAUGUAUUAUCAUUUUAUUUUUAUUUCCUUAUAGCAUCACAGCUUUCGUUUCCGUUAUAGGACUGUAUUUGCAACUCCUCGUACUGUACAACUAGUGCCUUUCUUCAAGAAGUGGCUGACAGAUGACGUCAAACCAGAUGAAUAUUUGUAGACUAGUUCCUCGGGGGAGGGGGGGGUCAUCUUUGUUUGACAUGAAACUCCAAAGUUCGUUAAACUGAGACGAGGUCUAAAAAAAACAAUCUUUCAUUUUUAAAUAUAUAAACUGAAUCCUAAGAAGAGUACAAGUCAGGGAACGUUUUUCUUCACCAAGAACACCGUGCAGUACUAAAAAAUAGGGCCUAAAUAUAAGUAAACGCAAAGCUUUAUUCUCACACCGUGAAUGUAUUUGGACGUCGAGACACCCGUUUUUGGUUUUCCAAUGUUUCGUGUUGCAUUUCUGUUGGCUCUCAUUUUGUGGUUGGGACGUAGAUGGCUUUUGUAUGCAGCUUUUACCAUUGCUAGAUCUUGUGUUUUCCGUCAGGGUUCUUUCAAGACGCUUUACCCAUCAGUCAUAUUCACCGUUUAGGCCCAAAGUUAUCCCAUCCUAUUCUAAAAGUCGUAUUUCAUUAUAAUGGUUUUUACUAUGUUACUUAAGUAAUGGUUGUGUUUUGUGUGCUUGUUUUAAUAUGCACUGUUGAGCUUGGAGUGCCGCCUAGAACUAUAAUUGUGUUUUUUGUUUCGUGGCACAGGAAUGUGUGCUUCACUUACAGGAUUUUGUUUGUUUUGGUUAAUAUUGUGGUGUGCUGCAUCUUUCAGUGAGUUCUGUGUCUGUUCGUUCUGUCAUCUCAGCACAGGUGAUGUUCCACACUGUAACCCCCCAACGCCAUUCCCCACAACCUUAGGUUGAUUACCUUGGAUAGAUAAUCUCCUCCAUGUAGCUUCACGCUCGAUUGUUGGAUCAUCAGAGAUAUCGCUCGGAUCCAGAGCUCACAUGGAGCACAGUAGCAGCAAAGCAGGUCCAAAAACAGCCAGGAAUAAUUGAGACUACUUUAAUUGGGCAAAAACAUAUCUCAAUUAUUAAAUCACUAAACAUUUACCCAUCCCAACAUCCCAUUAGGCUACUGUGCCUAAAUCAAAUCGCAUGAAAUCUCACUCCUCAGAAACAAUAAGCCAAUUAUUAGGUAAACUUUAUUUUAUUUUUUGUAUUCGGGCACAAACAUGUAGACGUAAAAUUUAAACUGUUACUAUUUUAAAUGUGUGUAGAUUUGUGUGGCUUUAUAAUUUUAUUCUUUGAUUUGUUUUAUUAAUCUAAUGCUACACGAGUGUAACUUGUAGCAACUGCACUGUGCAAUAUACAACAAUACGAGGACUGGGAUUAUGAUCUUUUUUUGGAUAUAAUGAUAUGUGUCUUACAGUUUGCAGUCAUCCCCCCCUCCCAUAGUUCUCAGUGAGUUUCAGUGUGACCAAGCCUUAUGUACUUUGUCACAAAAAGCGGGUUCCUUCUUGGUGACUCUUAUUGGUGAGUGUCAAAUUUUGGAUUUAUUGUGUACUACGUCAAGAUUCACUUUGAAUUAAAAACAAAAAAAACUA